AUGACGCACAGCAUCACCACCACGGCCUCAACCACACCCACCAGCUCCCACACCUCGCUCACCACACACUCAACCCCUAAGGUCCCUGUGCCCACCACCUCCCACACAUCGCUCAACACACACUCCACACCCACGGUCCCUGUACCCACCACCUCCCAAUCUACACCUCCACCUUCGGAAACAUCCUUCCAGACCACCACCAUCUUCCCGACUCCAUCACUGCCACAGACCCUUCCCAUCCAUCUGUCAACAUCAGCCACCUCCCUGGGGUCUCCAACCUCUCACCACGCUCCCAGAACCACAUACACCCACUCUUCGUCCUCCACCACACCGCCAACAGGCACCACACUGACAUCUACUACUGUCAACACCUCGGGAACGGCACCCACACCUACGGCCCCACCACUCACCACCAUCACGACUGGGACCACCCACGGCCACACCUCACUCAGCACAGCCAAAACCUCCACUUCCCCUGUAUCACACUCGCCUUCCACUCUCCAUCCUCCAAACACAUCCACAUCACACACCACCAGCUCCCCCUCCACCACCAGCAGAGGCACUGGGACCCCCGUUACCCUUAUCGUCACCACCACGGCCUCAGCCACACCCACCACCUCCCACACCUCACUCACAACACACUCCACCCCCAAGGUCCCUGUGCCCACCACCUCCCACACUACACCUCCACCCACGGAAACUUCUUUCGGGACCACCACCAUCUUCCCGACUCCGUCACUGCCACUGACCCUUCCCAUCCAUCUGUCAACAUCAGCAACCUCCCUGGGGACUCCAACCUCUCACCACGCUCCCAGAACCACAUACACCCACUCUUCGUCCUCCACCACACCGCCAACAGGCACCACACUGACAUCUACUACUGUCAACACCUCGGGAACGGCACCCACACCUACGGCCCCACCACUCACCACCAUGACGACUGGGACCACCCACGGCCCCACCUCACUCAGCACAGCCAAAACCUCCACUUCCCCUGUAUCACACUCGCCUUCCACUCUCCAUCCUCCAAACACGUCCACACCACACACCACCAGCUCCCCCUCCACCACCAGCAGAGGCACUGGGACCCCCAUGACGCACAGCAUCACCACCACGGCCUCAGCCAAGCCUACCACCUCCCACAGCACGCUCACCACACACUCCACCCGCACGGUCCCUGUGCCCACCACCUCCCACACUACACCUCCACCCACGGAAACAUCCUUCCGGACCACCACCAUCUUCCCGACUCCAUCACUGCCACAGACCCUUCCCAUCCAUCUGUCAACAUCAGCCACCUCCCUGGGGACUCCAACCUCUCACCAAGCUCCCAGAACAACAUACACCCACUCUUCGUCCUCCACCACACCGCCAACAGGCACCACACUGACAUCUACUACUGUCAACACCUCGGGAACGGCACCCACACCUACGGCCCCACCACUCACCACCAUCACGACUGGGACCACCCACGGCCCCACCUCACUCAGCACAGCCAAAACCUCCACUUCCCCUGUAUCACACUUGCCUUCCACUCUCCAUCCUCCAAACACAUCCACAUCACACACCACCAGCUCCCCCUCCACCACCAGCAGAGGCACUGGGACCCCCAUGACGCACAGCAUCACCACCACGGCCUUACCCACACCCACCAGCUCCCACACCUCGCUCACCACACACUCAACCUCUAAGGUCCCUGUGCCCACCACCUCCCACACAUCGCUGAACACACACUCCACACCCACGGUCCCUGUACCCACCACCUCCCAAACUACACCUCCACCUUCGGAAACAUCCUUCCAGACCACCACCAUCUUCCCGACUCCGUCAAUGCCACUGACCCUUCCCAUCCAUCUGUCAACGUCUGCCACCUCCCCGGGGACCCCAACCUCUCACCAAGCUCCCAGAACCACAUACACACACUCUUCGUCCACCACCACACCGCCCACAGGCACCACACUGACAUCUACCCCCCUGAAGACCACGGGAACGGCACCAAUACCCACAGCCCCGCCACUCACCACCAUCACGAAUGGGACCACCCACGGCCCCAGCUCACUCAGCACAGCCAAAACCUCCACUUCCCCUGUAUCACACUCGCCUUCCACUCUCCAUCCUCCAAACACAUCCACACCAUACACCACCAGCUCCCCCUCCACCACCAGCAGAGGCACUGGGACCCCCAUGACGCACAGCAUCACCACCACGGCCUCACCCACACCCACCAGCCUCCACACCUCGCUCACCACACACUCAACCCCUAAGGUCCCUGUGCCCACCACCUCCCACACAUCGCUCAACACACACUCCACACCCACGGUCCCUGUACCCACCACCUCCCAAACUACACCUCCACCUUCGGAAACAUCCUUCCAGACCACCACCAUCUUCCCAACUCCAUCACUGCCACAGACCCUUCCCAUCCAUCUGUCAACAUCAGCCACCUCCCUGGGGUCUCCAACCUCUCACCACGCUCCCAGAACCACAUACACCCACUCUUCGUCCUCCACCACACCGCCAACAGGCACCACACUGACAUCUACUACUGUCAACACCUCGGGAACGGCACCCACACCUACGGCCCCACCACUCACCACCAUCACGACUGGGACCACCCACGGCCACACCUCACUCAGCACAGCCAAAACCUCCACUUCCCCUGUAUCACACUCGCCUUCCACUCUCCAUCCUCCAAACACGUCCACACCACACACCACCAGCUCCACCUCCACCACCAGCAGAGGCACUGGGACCCCCAUGACGCACAGCAUCACCACCACGGCCUUACCCACACCCACCAGCUCCCACACCUCGCUCACCACACACUCAACCUCUAAGGUCCCUGUGCCCACCACCUCCCACACAUCGCUGAACACACACUCCACACCCACGGUCCCUGUACCCACCACCUCCCAAACUACACCUCCACCUUCGGAAACAUCCUUCCAGACCACCACCAUCUUCCCGACUCCGUCAAUGCCACUGACCCUUCCCAUCCAUCUGUCAACGUCUGCCACCUCCCCGGGGACCCCAACCUCUCACCAAGCUCCCAGAACCACAUACACACACUCUUCGUCCACCACCACACCGCCCACAGGCACCACACUGACAUCUACCCCCCUGAAGACCACGGGAACGGCACCAAUACCCACAGCCCCGCCACUCACCACCAUCACGAAUGGGACCACCCACGGCCCCAGCUCACUCAGCACAGCCAAAACCUCCACUUCCCCUGUAUCACACUCGCCUUCCACUCUCCAUCCUCCAAACACAUCCACACCAUACACCACCAGCUCCCCCUCCAUCACCAGCAGAGGCACUGGGACCCCCAUGACGCACAGCAUCACCACCACGGCCUCACCCACACCCACCAGCCUCCACACCUCGCUCACCACACACUCAACCCCUAAGGUCCCUGUGCCCACCACCUCCCACACAUCGCUCAACACACACUCCACACCCACGGUCCCUGUACCCACCACCUCCCAAACUACACCUCCACCUUCGGAAACAUCCUUCCAGACCACCACCAUCUUCCCGACUCCAUCACUGCCACAGACCCUUCCCAUCCAUCUGUCAACAUCAGCCACCUCCCUGGGGUCUCCAACCUCUCACCACGCUCCCAGAACCACAUACACCCACUCUUCGUCCUCCACCACACCGCCAACAGGCACCACACUGACAUCUACUACUGUCAACACCUCGGGAACGGCACCCACACCUACGGCCCCACCACUCACCACCAUCACGACUGGGACCACCCACGGCCACACCUCACUCAGCACAGCCAAAACCUCCACUUCCCCUGUAUCACACUCGCCUUCCACUCUCCAUCCUCCAAACACGUCCACACCACACACCACCAGCUCCACCUCCACCACCAGCAGAGGCACUGGGACCCCCAUGACGCACAGCAUCACCACCACGGCCUCAGCCAAGCCCACCACCUCCCACAGCACGCUCACCACACACUCCACCCGCACGGUCCCUGUGCCCACCACCUCCCACACUACACCUCCACCCACGGAAACAUCCUUCCGGACCACCACCAUCUUCCCGACUCCAUCACUGCCACAGACCCUUCCCAUCCAUCUGUCAACAUCAGCCACCUCCCUGGGGACUCCAACCUCUCACCAAGCUCCCAGAACCACAUACACCCACUCUUCGUCCUCCACCACACCGCCAACAGGCACCACACUGACAUCUACUACUGUCAACACCUCGGGAACGGCACCCACACCUACGGCCCCACCACUCACCACCAUCACGACUGGGACCACCCACGGCCCCAGCUCACUCAGCACAGCCAAAAACUCCACUUCCCCUGUAUCACACUCGCCUUCCACUCUCCAUCCUCCAAACACAUCCACAUCACACACCACCAGCUCCCCCUCCACCAACAGCAGAGGCACUGGGACCCCCGUUACCCUUAUCGUCACCACCACGGCCUCAGCCACACCCACCACCUCCCACACCUCACUCACAACACACUCCACCCCCAAGGUCCCUGUGCCCACCACCUCCCACACUACACCUCCACCCACGGAAACUUCUUUCGGGACCACCACCAUCUUCCCGACUCCGUCACUGCCACUGACCCUUCCCAUCCAUCUGUCAACAUCAGCAACCUCCCUGGGGACUCCAACCUCUCACCACGCUCCCAGAACCACAUACACCCACUCUUCGUCCUCCACCACACCGCCAACAGGCACCACACUGACAUCUACUACUGUCAACACCUCGGGAACGGCACCCACACCUACGGCCCCACCACUCACCACCAUCACGACUGGGACCACCCACGGCCCCACCUCACUCAGCACAGCCAAAACCUCCACUUCCCCUGUAUCACACUCGCCUUCCACUCUCAUUCCUCCAAAAACGUCCACACCACACACCACCAGCUACCCCUCCACCACCAGCAGAGGCACUGGGACCCCCAUGACGCACAGCAUCACCACCACGGCCUUACCCACACCCACCAGCUCCCACACCUCGCUCACCACACACUCAACCCCUAAGGUCCCUGUACCACCACCAUCUUCCCGACUCCGUCAAUGCCACUGA